AUGUCGUGGCAAACGACAGCGAAUGACCGUCUUUCUGAUUACAAAGAAAACGCGAUGAAGAAAAUGUCCGCCACGACCAGCAGAAGCGGCGGCAACGACGUCGAAGCGCGAGCGAGGAAAGAAAAAAACACAGAGGAAGAUGGCAAAGUCGAAUCGUUGUUGUUAAAAAAUAUGGCGCCGCCCCCGAACGAAGAUGAUGACGAGAACGAUGCGGAUGCAAACAUCGUCGACAGAUGUUGCAGAGUGAUGAGGGGAGAGAGUUGUAAAAAGUUUGGGCUUUGCUGGCUUUUACUUCUUUUCUCCUUCUUCAUGAUUGGUUCGGUUCUUCUCUUUUGGGAAGAUAUGCACGCGAAUAACAGAGCAGCGGUUGGCAGGCCUCUCGUAAGCGAAGCUGCAGACGAAAAUGUGGCCGAGGAAGCCGAGGAAUUCGGAACUUCGAUAACAGAACUGGCAGAAGAACUAAAAGACGAAGCUUUAGAAGCAGAAGUAGUAGAUCCCGCGGCGUUUCAAGGUAGCAACGAUGACGCCCACUAA